AUGAGCGCAAAUGUCCUUUCGAGGUCUAGCACCCUACUAUUAUCGUUUUUCCUAUGUAUUUUUGUUACGUCAGAGUCGCUGUUUGUAGGUUUCGCGAACUCGCGAGAAGAAACCAAACCAAACUCGACAAAGAUGAUUUUUCUGGCGGAACUUGUGAAAAUGACUUUGUCGAUCAUUUUUCUAAGUAUUGAACUUUGCUGCUUUUCGAACUCGACAUCACUACUACCGCGAUAUACUUAUCUUGGGCGAUCAGCACAAUAUGAAGGAUUUAAACAUUUAUUACGAAUUCUCGCAAGCAUAUUCACCUCAUACAAAACAUUAUUGUUCGGAAUUCCUGCGCUCGCCUAUUUCAUAAAUAAUAAUCUAACCUUUACUAUAUUAAGUAUGAUGGACCCACCGACAUUCUCGGUGCUUAGCAAUUUAAAAAUUCUCACAACAGGAUUUUUCUCGUACUUGUUUCUAAAACGACAACUUAGUUCAUUCCAAUGGAUUUCACUUGGUUUAUUAUUCUUCGGUGCGACAAUCGCUCAAAUAAAUUAUGAUCAAGAAAGCGCAUUUAAUUUGACCACAUCCACCUUAGGUCUUUUCUUAAUCUUCGUAUUUUCAUCAAUAUCAGCCGGUGCUUCAGUGUUUACUGAAUUCGUGAUGAAAGAUAAAUUUGAGAAUGAAUCAAUUCAUUUGCAAAAUAUCAAACUUUACUUGUUUGGAAUCUUGUUUAACGGAUUCGUGUAUUUUUCGCAAUCAUCUUCACGACAAGACACACUGGGAUUUUUUGAAUCAUUGCGUCCAAUUCACUUUUGCAUAAUAAUGUCGAUCUGCUCGAUGGGUUUAGUCACGUCGGCAAUUAUCAAAUACGCUGGAAGCAUUACAAAAGUAUACGCGGGUUCAAUGGCAAUGUUCUUUUCCACGUUUGUCAGUUAUCUGUUACUCGAUUUUCAGCCGACUGCUUGGUUCUUCAUGGGCGCAUUUUUAUGCUGUAUCGCCGUUCAUAUGUAUUACACAAAUCCUGUAGUCACCACUAAUAAUGGUUCACUCACGCCCGAUGGUCAUUACGAUGAAAAAGAAGUAAUGUAUGAACAAUAUUUUGAAGAUGAUGAAAUGAGAGAACAAUGA